UGAUGGACUUCCCAGAACCAAAUCGAUAUGCACGUAAGGCGGGCAAUUAAGCAUAGCCCCGCCUCCACGCGGCUUAUAUGUACUGCGCGCCAUGUAGAGCGGGCGAAGGUUGCUCGCGCCGCCCUCGAGUGAUCCCCAAGGAGGCCGACUCGUUCCCUGUCGCCCUCCCUUUUUUCACCUUCGCCUGCGCUGCGAUGUCCACUCGCCAUUCAUUCCUUUCUACCACCGGGCUGAUCAGGGCGCCCUCCAAUGCAACCCUUUCCAACCCGACCCUAUCCAAACAUGCCAGAUCUGGCGGCACAAAGCCCAGAAAACCAUCCCCUGCAAAGAGAGUGCUCAGCCGCACGAGGGCGGGCGUACUCCCUUUGGGCAGUCGGUUCAUCGUAGGAAUGGCGAUUGCGUUCUCCGUGUUCUUCAUCUUCUCGCUCUCGUGCGCCUUCAUCGGCACGGAGGAAGAUGAGCCGCCCUUCAAGGAGUUGCUUGACAGUGUGGCGGCAAAUAAUCCCGGGAUAGUAUUGAUUGGCGACAACGUCGACGUCGAUGUCGAUGAGCCUGCUGUCACCAUCCGAUGGUCCAUGAUCGGCUGUGGUCCAGCAUUCGUUCUCCCUGGCUCAGAGGGUACACACGGCAGUAAUUCGUGUGGUCUUCCUGCAAUGGCCCUGAACGUGUAUGUCGACAGCGGGGAUGACCCUGAAGCGACGUAUGACCCGACACAGUUUCCGACAGCCAACGAAACAGGUCAAAGAAUCAGUAUACAGAAUCUGUGCCAAUUCGACAGUGACCACGUCCUCGACGUACAUCAAGCGCGCAUGUAUCCCUUCGACACCUACCAACUGACCAGCACGCUCCGUGUUACAGACAGCAACAAGAACCCUGUCUCAAUAAGCGCUAUGACGACGCUGAAGCUUACUUCCAGCUUUGCCAUUACGCCUACCGAGGUAGACAGUUACAUGAGCGCUUCGAACGGAGUGUCAGGCCCGAGCGACGAUAUCAUUCUGAACAUCCAACGGCCUCCCGAAGCGAAGUUAUUCGCGAUGCUCCUUUUCUGCGUCAGUUGGAUGCUUGCGCAUGCCACGAUGAUCGUCGUCGUACUCGCAUGGAUGCAGGGAGACAGCGAGAGGGCACCACAGUAUAUACUGUUCAUUUUGGCCGUGCUCCUUGUUAUCCCUCAGCUGAGGAAUGCGAUGCCAGACGCACCUGGAUUUGACGGCGUCCUUCUGGACAGCAUUGGGUUCUUCCCGCAGAUGAUCUGCACAGCUCUGGCAGGCCUUCUCCUGUUCGUUACAGUAGCCCACAAGGCUCUGAAAGAGAUUCAUUCACACGAAGAGGAAGUGGACGAGAAGGCCAGGAUAGACGCUCUCCCGCAGCCGAAGGGCCUGGAGAGACUCCGCCGCCAAGGGUCCUCGGUGGACUUCAGACAUGCACGCAGAUGGAGCAGGGCGGCAUUCACUGGCGUUCAAGUACAGGAGGAAGUCGACGGGUUUUGACAAUGCCACCGUCUGACGAUCGGCUGAUGGAGGCGGGAAGCGUUGGAAUCUACUGCGCAUUAUGUUGUACCUUGACAGUCCCCUUGUUGUAGUAAAUUUGCAGCUUGUGUGUAACUGUAAGUAGUGCUUGGAUAUCCGAUGUAGCAGAAUGACAACGGACUCACAUCAAUUUGUGAUAAGUAACACUGAACCUACCGAGCUUUUGCGUGAAGUAUAGUACGCGCAAGACAGUGCACCGUGGUCAAUUAGAAUGCCGGUCAUCUGGACAGGAAGAGUCGACACCGCGAAG